GAUCGAAAGCAACCAACUCCGAAGCUAGGUGCCGACCGUUGGCCCGGGACACAAUCCAACGCCACCACCGGACGCAAGGGAACGAGUUUUCKGUAGCGUCACGAAAGAACGGCAUCGCUACAAGCAAAAGCAAAAGCACAACCGCAAGCAAAAGCACAAGAAGCACAACAACCGCGGCAGACCCACCGGAGUUUCAUCACACCAACGACAACAAACGACAAACGACAAACAACAAACAACAAACACCGAGACMAGCAGACAGACAGACAGAGAGACAUUGCCAUGGCGCACGCCAAGAAAGAGUUCAUCAAGGAGAAUUGGUUGAUGGAAGAUUUUACGUUCUGCCAGGUCAUCGACGAAGACAAGGACGACCGCCCUUUCGAACAAGAACCACUCCUGGACCUGGAAGAAGGAGUCGGCAGCAGUAGCAGCAGCAGCAGCAGCAGCAAUCACAACGCGGGCACGGGUCCAAUCGAAGCCGAAGCCGAACUACAAACCGAACCCAUGCCCGUGAGGCGGAGGGGCCCCUCGGCACCACCCGUUUGGUCGCCCGUUGCGCCGCCCCUUCCGAAGCUCCCCGGGGGAACGGCCUUUCCCCCCGGCGCGAUGUGGUGCGGAGCCUGCGACGACGAGGCCGGCGAGACCUCCUCGGACACGGACUCCUUCUCCUCCCGCUCGGGGGCAACGACCAAGGGCGGAGCGCUCCCGACGGAAAACGGAAACGGGGGCGAGGACCGAGCCCUCCUGGAGACGGCCUUUCGGCUGGCCCCUGCCGAGAGGCGGGGAGACCUUUCCGCGGCCGGGGGCGAGACCUCCGAAGCGGCCUUGCGCAGGGCCUUCGAGAGCAGCUCGCUGGUGCUCCGGUCCCUCCUCUCGGCGAUCCCGGGGGUCCGGAGCGUGCGGGUGCCCCCCUCGGGGUCCGCCGAUCCCGACGAGAUUUUCGUCGGCCACGACGCAUCGGUCCACGCCGAAUCCAUGCGGCACGCGCUGGAAAAGGCGGGCUACUUUGCCUCGGUUCCGGUGACGAGGACGGUGGCUGCAACCGGAACUGCAACUGGAACUGCAACUGCCACGACCACCACGACCGCUGCUUCCAACGGGGAUGCAAGGGCGGCGACGGCUCCCGGCCGGGCCCUUACCAAAGCCGAGGAAUUCUGCUGGGUCCGGUCGUCCUUUGACGUGGAGGGCGUGUGCUGCGCCUCGGAAAUMCCCGCCAUUCGCAAGAUCGUCAAGCCGCUCAAGGGCGUCGCCGUGGUCAACGUCAACCUCACCACCAAGGUGGUCUACAUACAGCACAACUGCAAGGUCAUCCACGCCCCGGCCAUCGCCAAGACCCUCACCGGGCAGGGAUUCCCCGCCCGGAUCGUCCGGGACGGCGCAUCCUCGGUCCGGUUUGCGACCGGCAACAGGAACACCGGCGUCAACGUCAACAGCACAGGCAGCGGGACACACACCGAGAACGGCACGGCCUCCCCGAGCAACGACGCGGCCGUCGCCGAGUUCCUCGACCGGAUCGGGAAAUCGAACUACGUGGAAUCAACCCUCGCCCUCGGGGGGCUCACGAGGCGCCACCAGGUCCGGGCCAUCGAGACCGCCGUUUCCAAGGCCUUUCUCCGCUUCCAGGUCCGGGCGGUCUACCCGAGCGCGGUGUCCGAAACCAUCAAGGUCGAGCACGACCCGAACCUGGUGUCGGCCCGGGAAAUCAGGGACUUUUUGGAGGAGCACGCGGGCAACUCCAACCACCGCAAGAGGGACGGGUCCCCCCCCUUCCCGUUGGGGGCCAGGAUCUCUCUCGACGGGGGGGAGGCCGGCCUCUACCUGCCGUCCGAGGACGAGGACCCGAACGGGCCGGCCUCGCUCCCGGAGGGGGGCUGCCUGGCCCGGAUGAAGAGCCACCACGCCAACGUCUGGCUGAGCGGCGUCUUUUGGAUCCUGAGCAUGGUCGGCAUCCUUGGGACCAUGUGAGUUUGAGGGAGCCGUCUCGGCGCAGCUCCGGGUUGGGUUGGGUUGUGGGCUGGACAACACACCCUCCCACCGGAGCGCAAACCGACAUCCCGCACGCAAUUUGUUGGUUCGUUUGUUGAUUGGUUGGUUCGUUCGUUCGUUCGUUCGUUCGUUCUUUUUUUUUCGUUCACUCUUUCUCACCCCCGGUGUCCUCCUCGAUCGCUUCGUUUCGUGAUUGUUCCCAGGGAUCGAUUCAAGUACUUUGGCCUGGCCUCGGUGUUCUUCGGUCUGCCGCCCAUCCUGGUCAAGGCCUACCGAACCCUGAGACGACGCCAGUUCGAUGCCAACUGCAUGAUGGUGACGGCGGCCCUGGGCGCGCUGCUCCUGGGGGAAUUCGACGAGGCGGCCUCGGUCUCCUUUCUGUUUGCGGUGUCCGAGUUCCUGGAGGCCCGGGCCGCCCGGAAGGCCCGCAGGGCCCUCGGAGAGAUAUGUGCCCUGCGGCCGGACCACGCGAACGCCAUCCACCCGGUAUCGAAGGAAAUCGUCGUGGUCCCGGCCGACCGGCUGCCCCCCGGGUCCACGAUCUCGGUCCGGACCGGCGACAAGAUCGCGGCCGACGGGAUCGUCGUCGAGGGCAGCACGUCCGUCGACGAAUCCAGCCUGACGGGGGAGUCCACCCCGGUGCACAAGACCGUCGGGGACGAGGUGAGCGGGGGCACCAUCAACAUCGGCCAGACCCAGCUGGUGGUCAGGACCAAGACCACCGCGGAAGACUCGGCCGUGUCGAGGCUGAUCCGCCUCGUGGAAGAAGCCCAAUCGAACCGAUCGCCCACCGAGAUGAUGGUGGAUUCCUUCGCGCGGUCGUACACCCCCUUUGUGGUGGGCGCCGCGGCGAUCAUGUGCACGAUUCCGUGGUAUUUCGGAACGGAGACCGGCCGCAUGUGGACCCUGAGGGGGCUCAUCAUCGUCGUGAUUGCCUGCCCGUGCGCCCUUACCAUCAGCACGCCCGUGACGUACGCCGCCGGCCUCGCGGCCACGGCGAAGCGGGGGGUGAUCGUCAAGGGGGGCGCCAAGCUCGAGGCCAUGGGCAGCGUGGACCGCGUCGUCUUUGACAAGACCGGGACCCUGACCCGCGGGCAGUUCUCCGUGACCCACCUGGAGGUCGUCGGCAGGUCCAGGACGAGGCGGCAGAUGCUCGAGCUCCUCUCGCUGGUGCAGGACCGGGCCAGCCACCCGAUCGCGGCCUCUCUGGUGCGUGCAGCGAAGAGCGAGGGGGUGCGAACGCCGAAGCAGACGGCGGUCUCCGACCACAAGAUCCUAAAGGGAGAGGGAAUCACGGCCAGGGUCGACGGCAAGCUCCAGGUCUACGUGGGAAACCAGAGGCUUUUCGAGCGGCUGGGCAUGCUCCGCGGGCUCUCGUCCGAGGACAAGGACGCCAUCGAGGAGUGGGACGACACGGGGGGAACGGUGGGCUUCAUCGGCAUCGAGAACGACGGCAUCAUCGGGAUGUUCUGUGCGAAGGAUUCGGUUCGGGAGGAGGCCGGGGAUGCCCUGGACGAGCUCAAGGAAGCCCUGAUCGAGACGUACAUGUGCACCGGCGACAGCGAUACCACGGCGCGCGCGGUGUCGAAAGAGGUUGGAAUCCCCGGCCACCGGGUGCAGAGCCGGUUGCUCCCGGAAGACAAGCUCCGGUUCGUCGAGGGGCUGCGGCGGCCGGAACCCUCCAAGUUCGGGUUGUGCCGGAAGAAGAAGUACGUUCUCUUCUGCGGAGACGGGGUCAACGAUGCCCCCGCGCUCGCCGCGGUGGACAUUGGUGUUUCCAUGGGAGAGGGGGCCGCGAUGGCCCUGGAAAUGAGCGACGUCACGCUGAUGGAUUCCAACCUGACGAAACUCCCGUACGUCAUCAAGAUGGGACAGCGGGUUCUGAAAACCGUGAAGGAAAACAUUGUCAUUAGCUUCGCGGCAAAAUUCGCGGUCGUCUCCCUAACGCUCGCGGGCAAGAUGACCCUGCUCUACGCCAUUGCUUCCGACGUGGGCAUCAUGCUCCUGGUCACGCUGAACGGAAUGAAGCUACUGCCGAACGAUCGCUUCGAUCUCGUGCCACCAAAGCAGAGCCGGAGGAGAGGCGGGACGAUCGCGAGCAGACUCGCCAAACUGAAGGGCCUCGGGAAGAACGCCGGCUUUGAACUGGUAAGCAUGAACAACACCGACGACGAGCCACCGGAGGACCUCCGGGUGGCGGGAAUCGUAUAGUAAAAAACACGAAACACGCAC